AUGAAGUUCCCCUCCUGGACCGCCGGGCUGGCCGGGGCUCUCUUUUUCCUCCCUCUCGUCUCUGCCAUCAAUUUAUUAGAAGCUACCUCUUUAGUGCCAUGUUCCGAUGAUGGCAUUAUCUCUGUCGACCACUUCAGCGUUGUGUUCACUCCCAAUAACAAUUCCGCCAGUAUCGCCUUCGAUGGUAAAAUCAAUUAUCUAGCCAAGUUCAAGAUCGAGGUCGCUCUGCUAGUCUAUGGUUAUACUGCGAUUUCCAAGGAACUCGACCCUUGUACCUUUCCCAACGAUGGGUUGGGUUUGUGUCCCGUCGAACAGGCACAAUUGACUAUUCCUACCGCUCAUCUUUCCGUUUCUUCCUCUAUCAUGAGCGAUAUUCCUGGCAUUACUUAUACUAUUCCCGAUCUCGAUGCCAUCGUUCGUCUCAACUUGAAAAACUACACAUCCGGCGCCCAAGUGACAUGUAUCGAAACGCGCGUUCGAAACUCCAAAACAGUCGAUCAACCUGCAGUAGCUUGGGUUCUAGCAGUUGUCACCGGAGUGGGCCUUAUCACGACCGUGAUCAUUUCAAUUUUGGGACAUACCGUUAUCGCCACCCACCUGAAUUUCCGUACCAUGUUGUUUCUCGGGUUUAUGCAGAACCAGGCUAUUGCAGGCAUGAGUGCCGUCGAUUUCCCGCCCAUCGUUCAGUCGUGGACCCAACUCUUCCAAUGGACCAUGGGAAUUCUGCACACCACCGCUUUACAGACGAUCGCAACAUGGUUUCAGCGCGCGACUGGAGGUACAGCCGCCGAUCUCCUCACUUUGACCGAUAACGAAUCAGUCUAUGUGGCCAAGCGAUCCACCGACACUACGAGUGAUGGAACAGAACAAACCGUGCGCGGUAUUGAGCGAGUCGCUUACAUCGCAGAUAUCGAAUCAUCGAACAUCUUCAUGACCGGAUACCUGUUCUUCUACUUUGUGGCCGUCCUGAUCAUCAUAGCCAUCCUAUUCCUUCGUUUCGUGUUACCCAUUCUUGCCAAAAAGAUCAACAACUCCCGUCUCGCGCAGGCGGCCAAUGCGACCUCGGAAUGGCAGACUUUCAUGCGAGGAAGUCUUUAUCGUGUUGUGUCCCUAGGUUACCCUCAGAUGUGCACACUGUGCAUGUGGGAACUGAUUCAACGAGACUCCGCCGCAGAGAUCGUUCUGGCAGUUAGUAUGUGGGUCGUGAUGAGUCUUGUACUCUUCUAUGCCUCUUCCAACGUGCCAGAGCCUCCAAAGCCCUCAAUGAGCCCCCCCGCAUACACCUUAUACUCCGACCCCGUUACUCUCACCAAAUGGGGUUUCCUAUACGUCAACUACCGCGCGCAGGCAUACUACUUUAUUCUCCCCGUUUUGGCUUCGACUGUCAUUCGCGGCAUGGUUACUGCCUUUGCGCAGAGUGCUUGGAUCCCUCAAUCGAUUAUCCUUCUGGUUCUGGAAGCCGGUGUACUGGUGGCCACCAUAGUGAUCAAGCCAUUUAUGGAUCGCGCCGCGAACGGGUUCGCCAUUACCGCUGCGUCACUCAAUUUCUUGAACGCACUCUUCAUGCUCAUCUUCUCCGAUGUCUUCAACCAACCCCAAAUGAUGACCAGUAUCUGCGGUGUUUUGUGGGUCUUGUUCAGCGCGAUCUUCACCCUCGCGCUCCUGAUCUGGCUGUUCAUCGGAUUCUUCUACGCCUUCACUUUGAAGGAGCCUGAUGCGAAAUACAAGCGUCUUUCCGAGAACCGCGAAUCCUUCCGCCUCUCCGGUAUGGGUAUGGAGAAUCGCAUGACAACCGAGCUCCUCCCUCUGGAGAAGACAGCUCGAGGCGACGACAGCCGUCUGGGAUCUCGGUGGAACAUCGAUGAAUCCUCGCACGCCGAGUCGAAUAACGAACUGAACAUGUCGCUGAGUCACCAGGGCUCUCGAUACAACCUGGAUGACCGAUCACCGAGUCAAACCAAUGAAAAAUUGGGGGCUCCCAGGUCACCAGUACAAGAUGUGCUGGAACCAACACUCCCAUUGAUCCCUACCAGCUCCGAUAACUCUGGAAGGCGAUCGCCUGUUUCCCCGGCAUACAGCCAUCCAUCAAGGCGAUCAUGA